AUGAAGACUUUAGAAAGAUAGUAUAUAUGUUAUAUAAAUGAAUAUUUAGAACAGAAAUAGGCAGAGGAUUCAUGAAAAUUAAUUAAUAAUCAAAAUGGGUAAAUACAGAAAUAUACUAUAUUAUAGCAUUUAUUAGAGAGAGAAUAUAAGUUUAUAAAGCAGGCUACGUAUAUGAUUUCAUUUAUGAAUUUCUAAAUCAUGGAUAUGAGUAUUGUAAUACUAACCAUGGAUAUGCAAUAUUAAAAAAUAAAUUACUAUUUCAUAAACAAAAAAUAUUCAUACACCAAUUUUUUUAUUCAAAAAUACAAAUAGGUUUUUAAUUUUAUCCCAUAUUGA